AUGUCGAUCGGUGAGAAGUGUGAGUCUGACCAUCCACUCAAAAUCUUUGAUGUGGCUAGGAAACAGGAUCGUUUCUUAUAUGCUCUUGCGCCCAUGGUUCGAUAUGGAAAGUUGGCAUUUCGACAAACAGUUCACAAAUAUGGAGUUGAUUUAUGUUGGUCUCCUAUGAUCCUUGCCAAGGAGUUUAAUCGAAGCAGUUUUGCCCGAGACAGCGGUUGGUCACAGUAUGAGCAUUUGACUAUCUCUACUACACCAAAUCAACCACCAACUAUCGUGCAGUUCGGCGCAAACGUCCCCCUGGAACUUGCUCGUGCAUCAGCUCUCGUUGCGCCUUAUACCCAAGGCGUCGAUCUCAACUGCGGAUGCCCACAGUCAUGGGCUUGUGCUGAGACGCUAGGUGCUGCAUUGAUGAACCAUCGUGAGUUGGUAAGGGAUAUGGUGGUUGAAACUCGACAGCGUCUGGAGAGUGAUGGAUGGGGUGUUGGCCUUGAAAAGGACAUUGACAGUCCCAAAGGCCGAAGUGUGAGUGUGAAAAUCAGGAUUCACAACGAUCUCAGGCAAACCAUGGACUUCAUAGACACCGUGAUAGGUCACCCACAAAACCGCCAGAUUGACUGGAUCACCAUUCACCCUCGGACAAGAUCAACCCCAUCAACCACACCAAUCAGGACCGAAGCCCUCGAGAUCUUGACAGCCAAGUACUCGAAAAUACUCCCAAUACUUCUUUCAGGGGAUGUAUUUGACCUCAACACUCUCCCUUUUCAACCCACCAUCACCACCAAUAAUGACUCUCCCCUCCCCUCACUAGACAAACUUGUUCUCGGCGACACCAACUCCGCUGUGAACAUGCCACGCCCUAGUAACACCCAACUCUCUGGAUUCAUGUCCGCCCGCGGUCUCCUUGCUAACCCAGCCAUCUUCGCUGGCUACUCGGCUUGCCCAUGGGAAGCUGUUGAAACCUUCAUGUGCAAGGUUGCAAAGGCCCCUGUGCCAUUCAAGCUGGUACAACACCACAUUAUGGAAAUGACAGCGCCGGGCAUGGGGUCUGACAAGGCAUCGCUUCUUGAUAAGAAGGAGCGCGCGGAACUCAUGAAGUUGGCCAACACUUGUGAGAUCAUGGACUUCCUCGAUGAGAAGAUUGAACAAAAGACGGGGAGAGAUGGUGGCAUGAGACGAGACCUAUGA